AUGGAUCCCCCUUUUACUCACAGUCGAGGAGCUCGACCUCGGGCUGUUGAUAACGGCGACCAAAGCGUUCAACUUCAAAGCUUUGCAUACGCUCAAGGCUACGAUAUGGCUCUCAGAUACAACACUGAUGGACUUGGCAUGACCUAUGUGGGCAUAGUAGUGGCGUGGACCUGUCUGCUGCUUCCUGCUACCAUCCUCCUCAUCAGGAAUCGUCAUCUUCCCUACCUUCGGAUGCGAAACAUUCCUCUCUGUGUCAGCGCUGUGGCUACUCUACAUGUAUACUGGGUUCUCUGCAUGAUUGCCUACCUUCUCAAUGGCUAUUUCCCAUGUCCAGCUGAGUAUUGGAUCAUGAGCAUCUAUCUUCCAUUGGGUAUAGCUCUUUUCCAGGCAACAAAUUGCCAGCUGCUUUCUAUCGCUGCGGCUCAAAGCAAGUAUGCGCAAGGAGAUGUCGUCGUCCAUGCAACGGCACCUUUGGGCCAUCGAAUGCCUACUUGGCGAAAGUGGUGGGCUCGACUCAAGGCAGCCAAUGCGACAAGAAACACAAUGACAUGGAUAGGAAUAGGCAUGUUGGUCCAAGUGGUCGUUUCUCUGGUCGUGUUCUUGGUGUCUAAGAAGUUCCACCCCUCGUUCGGCGUCCCAGGCACAGAGCUUCGCCUUGACGAUGCCGUUUCCGGUGGCGAUGAGGCGGCACGGCUAGCUUGCCGACGGGGAUGGGAAUGGUGGCCAUCAAUCGUCUGGCAGCUAUUUUGGUCGUGGAUAUAUGCCCCUGUCCUUCUCUGGAGGGUUCGCCGUGUUGACGAUGUUCAUGGAUGGCGAGCACAAACUAUGGUUUGCAUCAUUUCUGGGUUGCCUGCAUCACCCAUGUGGCUCAUUGCAUUGUAUGUUCCUGGCAUGAAUGGCGUCAACAAGUUCUUCGGUCCGCCACUCUGGUUUUCUGCUUCGAUCGUGCUAAUGCAGUCGUGUGUCAUCUUUGUUCCCUUCUUCCAGAUUUUCAGACACCGCCGAUUGGAAGCAGAAACUCGUGAAAUCAUCGCUCAGUGGGAGCAGAGGCAGAAGCUGGAAGGAUCUAUACUCUCAGCUUCUCAAAAAACAAGUACUCAGUCCCGAUUCUCCACCAAAAGCGCCGCAAGUACAGCAAGCGGUCGUCACGGUGAAAUGUACACCAUGAGUACAUUAGAGAGGACUCUUCAACUCAACCCCAAGCCCCUUCUAAUGUUUUCUGCCCUACGAGAUUUCUCGGGGGAGAACAUCAGCUUCCUAGUUCAUGUCCGGAAGUGGAAAGCCAACUGGAACUCAAAUCCAUCGAAGAAUAAGAGUCGCAAACACGAGUUGACCGAGUCGCAUGAUCAGACUUUGCUCCGGCAGCAGUUCAAGCAAGCUGUCGGAAUCUACGCCUCGUUUGUCAGUCUCAAGUACUCCGACUUUCCUAUCAAUAUAUCUUCAGCCCAAUUGAGGGAUCUUGAAGGCACUUUUGAACAAUAUGCAGCACUCGUCUGUGCUGAGCCAGCCUCCAACGCAGCAACUCCUUUCGAAAUGUUCUGGUCUUCAACAAUUUCAGAGGAUCCCGAGAGCCAGACUGGGAAGGAUCAGUUGUCAAUCGUAUCUACAGUCGUUGGCGAUGGUGUAAAAGACGACAUUACGCCUAUUGUAGAUCCCGUACGCCAACUUCAAGAACUCAACAUGACCAACUUUGGCGAGAGGCUGCCUUCUAAUAUUGCUAUCCCGGACUCCUUCGGCCCUAAUGUAUUUGACAGAGCCGAACUCAGUAUCAAGGAGCUUGUGCUGACCAACACCUGGGCAAAGUUCGUCAAAGAAGGUUUUGCACAACAGCAGAACGAGGGAUUUCGAGCACAGUUUGAAGCAUCACUGCGCGCAUGCUACUCGAUGCUCCCAAAGCUAAGCUUGCGUCGCCGAGCCGCUCCCACCGACAAUCCCUUGGUCAAACCCUCCGCUGGAAACUAG